UUUUUGAGGUUACUUCAGAUCUUUGCAAUAAUUUCUAUUUUAUUUUUCAAAUGUUUUUUAUAUUUUAUAAUUAGAGACAGGAUUUUAGGCAAAAUGCCUGUUUUUUUCCUAAAUAGGCCUGAUGCUGAAACGUCCAAAUCAGGCUGCCUAUAUAGGCGCCUAUUUUUAACUUUAUCGUGCCUAAAAAUCCUGUCUCUAUUUAUAAUUGUUGCAAAUUUGUUUGCCUUAUUCACACGAUUCCAUUUGUUAUAUAGUCGAAAAAGUCCAUUAAGCAAAAGCCUUCCGUUAAGACCAGUGUUUUAUGAAAAUCGACGGCUUUUUUGUUGA